AUGGUGAUGGAUCUGCGAGGCCGAGAAGUCAUUGCUGUACAGUGGACUCUUCUUUUGGUUGCCUUUGGGGUCAUCAUAGCUCGACUUUACUUGCGGCUGGUACUACAGAGACGACGUCUUCUUGCAAGCGACUAUUUUAUGUGUGCUGGAUGGUGUACAGCUGCCGCAUCGGCAUGUUUCGACAUUGUGUUUUACAAAAUGGGCACGAUGCGUAAGGGUGUCACGCUGGGCUUGGUCGGCUUCGAGGGAAUAGCUCAAGAAGCCUCGAAGUUUUACAAGCUCUAUCACUUUUCUGAUUAUCCAUUUCAUACAACAUUCUACUUAUCAAAAGCAGCCCUAUUGUCUGUAUAUCUACAAGUAUUUCCCGACUUCAUGGUAAAACGGAGACGAUUCUUGUGGGCCGUCAUUACAUAUGUCGCUGCGUCUUACACCACAACGAUAUUGUUUCUCAGUCUCGUGCUUGCCUACAUGGAGACACUGGGCCUUGUCGGACGAAGGUUGCUCGAUUGA